AGGGGUUGAAAAGCGCACGAAAGGAGAGAGGGAAGAGGAGGAGAGAGAAUGAGACUUGUGUAAGUGGAAAGGAGUCAUUCAGAAUCUGCUGCGCUUGAAACGCAAGCCACCGUUCUCACAGCUUUUCUUCGAAAUAACAUAUUAAUAACUGAAAAGAAUAACUAUCGGAAACUGUAGCCGUAACGUCGGGAAAUCACGGCAGGCUAUGGAUGCGCCUCGGAUUGUUAUACUACAUUUACAAUGGUAAAGAGCAUAACAGCUGUAUUUGGACAUCCUUGAACGGAUUAUUGGUGCUAUUAUUUAAGCUUUAAUAUCGACGUGAAGACUGUUUUAAGAUACUGUCUCACAUCCCACUAUAGCCUAACCAUGGGUCGAUAGUAUGGACUUAACCGACUCUAGAGAGGGAGAGUGCGUCACCGCCGAUCGGAACUUACUUCCUCGCUAUUCUUGCGGAAUAAAGGUUCAUUGACAAACCUGAGGACUCUACCGCGUUUCAAUUGCAAAUAACGUUUGUUGUAUAGUGUGUAGGGAUGGCCGGGCCAGUUCUGUUUGUUGUGCUGUGGGUGUUGAGGUGGUUCGGGGAGGUUGGGGGUGCGUCAUACCCUCAGCGGUAUAAUCUUUAUUCGGGACAGGCACAAGGGCAGCUACAGAACGGAGCCCGGGCGGCGAGCAGACACAGGAACUGGUGCGCGUAUGUGGUGACGAAGACAGUGAGCUGUGUGGUGGAGGAUGGGGUGGAGACCUACGUAAAGCCUGACUACCACCCCUGCUCCUGGGGUACACAGUGCUCCCGCAUGGUGACGUAUCGAACAUAUAUGAAGCCACGAUACAAGGUGGCCUACAAGAUGGUGACAGACAUGGAGUGGAAGUGUUGCACUGGUUACACAGGGGAUGACUGUAGCGAAGUCCAGAGUGGAGGGUCUGGGACACAGAUUGCUACAGCCAGACCCCGGCCUAAUCCCUCCCGACCUGGACAGACGGGAUCCGGGACAGGUCAUGGAGGACAGAGUGGGGGAGAUGGGCGAGGAGACAUCGAUAAGAUGCGGCAGCUGGAGGACAAGAUUCAGAGCCUGACCAAAGACCUCCACGAUCUGCAGUCUACCCUUAGAGACAUGAACGAACGUUUCCAUGAGGAGAUGCGCAAACCGGGCUUUAGUGGUGGGACCAAGAACCCAGCAGACGCAGCCCAGCCCGAGAUGAAGGAGACCAUCAACAGCAUCCAGACUAAACUAGACCAGCUGGACAACCGAACCAAGGCCCACGACAAGACCUUGGUCAACAUUAACAACCACCUGGUCAAUGGAAAUGGAGGUGGUGGAAAUGACCUUGGGGGUGGUGGUGCUGGUGGCACCGGAGGGAUUAGUGGCACAAAGCUCAACACACUAAAAGAGGAGAUCCUGAGUGAGCUGGAGAGGAGGGUGUCACUGUCCUGCUCCACUUGCCAGUCUGGAGUGGAGGACUUGCGAAGGCUGCAGCAGCAGGACAGGGAGAGGAUCCAGGCUCUGGAGAAGCAGCUGAACACAUUGGAUGACCUGCGACGCGAUGUGACACGAUCUCAGAGCUGCUGCAACACUGUAACCGACCUGAAGAACAGGGUCACAGAUGCAGAAAGAAAGAUCAGCAUUGUAUCAGAGAACUAUGAUGUCAUCCAGAACCGCCUGGAUAAGGACCUGGGUGGUGUUCUUGGCUCUGGUGGUGACAGUGGAUUACCCAAGGUGAUAGAGGACAGGCUGGACAACCGUCUGAAGGACCUGGAGAGGCGGGUGAACAGCACAGUGCAGCAUACGGAGGAGAGCUGUGCCUUCAUAGAGAAUGACCUGAAGGAUUACUUUCACCGUGAGCUGGGCGACCUCCGGACAGUGUUCCUAGACCGCUUCGAUGACCAGGGCUACCGCAUUGCAGACAUAGAGUUGGACGUGGGAAUCAUAAAGGACAGAGUGUUGGACCACGACAACAAGCUUUCCCAUCUGGAAAACUGCACAGCACUCCAAAACAAGACUCUGACUGACUGUGGCUGUGGAGGAACUGGAGAAAAUGCUGAUGAUGGAGACACUGUGAAGUCUAUCACAUGGAGGGUGGUGGCCAACGAGGAUAAGAUUCGCCGCUUCGACACACGGAUCAAGGACCUGUCAAUUUCGGGAGACUCGCUAAUGGACAAGGUGGUAGACCUCAGCCACGAUAUCCGCAAGAUCAAAGACUUGACCGGAAACAACGGGGAGCACUUUAACCGCAUUGUUACUGAGAUUGAGAUGUUAGGUCGUGGCGUGGAUGACUGCGAUAUCUGUGGAAGAGUAGAAGACGAAUUGAAGAUCCUGAAGAACCACACGCAGCACACCCUAAACCGUUGGGAGAAAGACAUCAAUAACAUACGGACACGUGUGGACUCGGACCAGAGCUCCUGCUCCCAGGUGUGCUCCACCCUGCAGGAGGAGGUGGGGAAACUGCGGGAGGAUGUGGACAAGUGCAAUGGCCAGUGUAAGAUCCGCCUGGAGACACCAACAACAGGUACCGGAGGUGGAGGCCUGGAUGACCCCCAGAAGCCCCUGGAUGGCCACAGCGUGAUUGGAGGAACGACCAACAACGGCCACCUUCAGGGUGAGCUGUCAGGGGUCAUCCUGACCUUCAGCUCUAUCAAUGACACCCUGAAGGGCCUGGAGCACAUUGUGCAGAAACACGGCAGCGUCAUCACCGACCUCGGCAACACAAAGGACAAGAUCAUCUCCGAGCUGGACAAGAUUCAGCAGGAAGUGACCGAGCACAUCGAGGAUAGCCGUGACCGUCUCGACAGUGUGGAUCGUGACGUGCGCCGUUUCGAGAGCACCCUGGUGGUGGAAAUGGGUGACUGCAAGCGUUCUGGCGACGGUCUGGAAAAGAGGCUGUCCAAGAUGGAAGGCGUUUGUGGGCGGCUGGACGGUGUCUCAGACUCACUCCAAAAGAUCAAGGAGGGGCUGAACAAGCAUGUGACGGGCCUGUGGAACUGUGUAAACAGCCUAAAUGCCACCGUCAUCUCCCACGAAGGGGUCAUCGAGAACAUCCAGACCACUCAGCUGGAUAGGAUACAUGGAAAGAUCAAGAAUCUCAACUCGUCCGUGAACCACAUCCUCAAAGAGUUCCAGAACCUUUCAGAACAGGACCUGACUGGCUUGCCUGGUCCUCCAGGUCCUUCUGGGGAAAGAGGGUUCCCAGGGUUGCCAGGCCUUAAAGGGCCACAAGGCAGGGAUGGACCUCCGGGCAGGCAGGGAGAGAAUGGGCCCAGAGGACCACCAGGUCUCAAAGGGGAUCAAGGUAUGCCAGGGGCUGAUGCGAACGUGCCUAAACUUUCCUUCUCAGCAGCUCUCACCUUCCCCAUGCUCACCGCUGGCACCAUCGUCUUUGACAAGAUCUUUGUAAAUGAGGGACAGUUUUAUGACCCACGGACAGGUGUAUUUACGGCACCUAUUGAUGGCCGUUACUUCUUCAGUGCCAUCCUGACAGGCCACAAGAAUGAGAAAAUUGAGGCGGUACUGUCCAAGUCCAACUACGGUAUGGCCCGUGUGGAUUCCGGGGGAUACCAGCCAGAGGGCCUGGAGAACAAGCCAGUGGCCGAGGCCAAGAUCACCCCUGGUUCCCUUGCCGUGUUCAACAUCAUCCUACCCCUUCAGGCUGGAGACACUGUCUGUAUCGACCUAGUUAUGGGCAAGCUGGCCCACUCUGUAGAGCCUCUCACCAUCUUCAACGGAAUGCUGCUGUAUGAACAGAUGUGAGCAGCAACCCCAUAGGUCCUCUAGCUGGAACAUGAGAAAGGGAGAGGAUAUGAGGGAAAAGGAAAAUCUGAAAGAAGAGAGGGGUUGGGGUUGCUUCCCUCCAGGAGCGUUUAAACUCACCGUUUUAACUGACAACUGAUUUUGAACGCAAAACGACGGGGCCAGAGAAUGAGACCCAAAUAACUAGGACGCAACGACAGGAAAGUGAUGGCGUUUCUCCCUCCUUAUGUUUUUCCUGGCCCUUUGAUGUUGUGAGACCUGAUGAACUGUUUGAGCAAACCACAGGAAACACUAUAGACUGAGCAGCAGAUGGAGUCUUUGCCCUCUAUAUUUUAACAUAGCUCGCCCAGCAUAUGGAGAAGUGUUUUCACACCAAAUUUGUACUACUGCAGGACUUUUAUAUGAUUAUUGUUAUUACUAUGCCUCUGUCUCUUUGUAACUCACUCCAGGUAUGGGCCUCGGAGUACAGUAGUCAGCUGCGACCCACUGCCAACUAUAAGAUCUCCUUGACAUCCCACGUACCCCUUUGCUGCAAAGUGUUUCCCUGGCAUUGAACCAGACCCACAGUAGGACUGAGGUUAAACUGGAGUACAGACCGCGUAGUCUGGGCCAUGGGAUCAAGGCUGAGAAAUCUCUUUUUUUUAGAUUUUCUCUAGCUGUAUUUUAUUGAGACGAAUUCACACGAGUGUUUUUAUAUUACUGUGCACCUUUCCGUCUUUGUGUGUGUGUGUGUGUUAUGGUCUUUAUACCCUAUAAAGCUAUCAACCCAGUGAUCCAAAGUUUAGUCUUGACAAUAUUUUAAACUCCAGUUUUGCUGGUAGUUUCCAAAGCAUUUAUUGCUGUCUGUAACCUAACUUAAGCCUUCAGAAAGUGUGUGAUGAUCCAGAAUGUUCCUAGUCCAAACCCAUGCAUUAAAGAGGUAGUUCACCCAUUCC